AACUACAGCAAAUGAGUGAUCAACGUCAUCGAGAGGAGUGGCCACCUGCAGACCACAAGUCAUGCCUUUUUGAGUUAGUGGUGGAGAGGAAGUAGUUGUGCAAGUGAGACAUGAAUUGUGCAAUGGUUUCUUUUAACCUUCAAACACCUGAAUGGUGUAACGCCAUCCCUUUUGCAUGCUGAUUCUGAUUCCUGGCUGCCAUUUCGCUGAGCUGGCCUGUUGCUCUUGCAAGAGAAAGAACGAGAUUUGAGGGCUGCUUCAAAUCCCACUGCUGGAACUUGUUUGCAAAACAAAGAGCUCUGACGGUUACUGGCUGUUGUGCAGAGUAAACCACCACAGCUUGACUUUGGCAACAUUUUAUGUCUGGAUCACAAAAAUACGUUUCAGAUGGCAUGCUAUAUUCAGCAGUAAGAACAACUAUCACAUUGUUGAAAGUGCUUCAGGAUAUUUAACAUUAGUGUGAAAAAUAAUGCGUGUGCAAAGCACAGCCUUUCACCUCAGAACUCUUGUUUUAAAUAUGUUUCUUAUGUGUAAAUGUGAUGUUAAAGUGAAACUAAAAAUGAAGAUCCUGGCUGCCUUUUUUAGUUUCCUUUGGUUUCUUUUCCAGCAAACAAAGACUUAUACUGUGACUUCUUUUUUUCCACUCUGGAAAAAAAAAAAAGAAGUCAGUGGACUGUGUGAGAUUGGAGCACACAAGCAUGGCCUGUCAGUUUCACCUCAGCAGUCAUUCAUCCAUGAUUUUUUUACUGUGCAUUUAUGUCUACAUUGGUGAGACAAAAGCCAAAAACGGACGUCUUUUAACUUUUCCUGCACAGUAAACUAUUCAGCUCGUAGCGUCUAUAAAAGGUUUUUUUUUUUCCCCCGAAGCUGAACUGUUUUCUUCUCUACUAAAAAAAAUCAAGCAAUCUCUAUAUUCCACAGUUGCCUUCUGCAAGUCUUAUAUAACUCCAAGACUAUAUUAUAGUAUUGUAGUGUAGUAUUUUAAAGAGUUCAGUUUGGCAAAUCUUCAAGUCCAAUUUUCAUAGUUUUAAUCAAGUUCAGAAUUUCCCCCUGUGGCUGCCCCCCGGCUCUGGGGAAAGAGGGAAGAUGUAUUUAUUUUACUGUAAAGUACCUCUUCCUUGAACAUCUGCUAUCCUAGAAACAUCCACUAUUGUUUAUUUUUCAUGACUGGUGUGAUGAAUGCCAAACGCACCUCUCACUCUCCACCCUCAUUAUAGCUCCCAAACACACAGCGUCUUUUUGUCUGCUGGUAAUUUGUGGUUCAGCUCACUUCUGUGGGCACAGUAUAUAGAACAGGAUUUUUUGUUUUUUCGUAGUUACUCCUCUUUUCUGUGUAGGCAUGAUACACAGAGUACAGACUCUCCUCCAGAUCGCUGCCAUCACACCGGUCCAAACACAUGGUCGGCACAUGAGGGCGAUCCCUGUGGCUUCGUUCUGCUAACAGCUCAAAGACCAUUUGCUCUCUCAGUAAUUGAGUGCUAAUUUACACUGUGGAGCAUUAUGACCUUUGCAGAUAACAGCCAAGGUUGCCAUCUGAGGUCCAUUGAGGUUAAGAAGUGCAUUGUCAACAUUGUAUGUUUUUUAUAGCCACAAAAAUUGCAAACGUCCCAUUGGCCCACUAAUAAAAUGAAUGACGUUGUGGUGUCAUUGGGCUUGUGAGGGAUGAGCAACUGUGAACAUCAGGAGUUACCACAGUCUGCAUAGUGAUCUGGCAGAGUUUUUACACCAGAUACCCUUGGGUUUCUUGACGAAACCCAAUCCAGGAUUUGGGCACAAGGUGAUAUUAAACCCAGAGCCUUUUGGUGGCAGGUGGUAGACCUACCACUGGACAUUUUAAGCCCCCUAUCAAGACAUUGUGUAAUUGACCAAAAAAAAAAGGAAUUCAAUUUAGUUAAAUGGUAUUCAUUAAUUACAAAAUUAAUUAAUUAAUUAAAUUACUUAAGUAAUUAAGAAUAAAGAGUCUUUAAUUUGCUUACAUUAGCAGUUGGUCAGAGCUGUCGCUGCUUCACCUUGUGUCAGCUCUAUCGGGGGUCGCAGCUGUUCCUGGCGUUGGGUGGGAGUGGAGUGGCCCUGAUUGUACACAGCAAUGAGAACGAGCUCCACAAAUAACCAACAUUAUCACCUCUGACGUGUGUCAGGUUGCAGUUUACAUUCAUUCAUGUCUGCUCAGACUCAUGUGAUUGUUAAUAUAAAAAAUAUAUUCGGUCUUUAUGAUAUUCGGAUGAUGUACUUUAUACUGUGUAUUCAGUAUUAUUUCCAAUAAUAUAGUUGGUAAAGGUUGUUCUACCCUGGACCUAUAGAUUCUGAUGUGGUUUGAUUAAAGACUGGUGCCAAGCAUGUGCCAUUUGAAAACAGACUCCCAUCACGUGAUCAGUCAGAUGAGCUAUCUAUAAAGCAUAAUGGCUCCAGAGAUGGCUGUUGCCAGCUCACAGGCAUAAAUAUAGGUUCCUUCAAAAGAGCAAGUCAUGAUUUGGAGUAAGGGCUGCCCUAUUUAUCUGUUUUUAAAAGUCUCUGAGGUAGCUGAGGAAGUAACUUUGAUUUGGUCUAUGAGGUGGACAUUAGUUUACAAUUGUGUCAUUGAUUCUACCUCAUUAGUCUUCUAUUAGCCAAACUAGGAGGUAAUAAAAAAAACCUACUGACCUUUACCGUCUGUGUGGCUCAGGUCUGAUGUCAUAAUAGGCCCAGUACUUUAGAGUGGGCCACUGGGCAGCCAUCAUCAGGUGGUGGUGACAAGUUUAUUCUGGGACUUGUGGAGGUCUGAAACUUUUACACAGUACUUGACUUACAGCCAAGAGAGUAUUCAGGCCACUGCUGGAAGUGCUUUAGGGGAACACAUCAUUCAUUAUUCUGUCCGUGGAUGACUGCUGCAGUGUCGGCUACACCUCCAGUAAAAUUAGAUUAUGUAAAGGUUGUAGAUUCUAAUGCCAUUGAAUAUGCUGUUAUUAUUGUCAUAAAUGCUGCUAAUGUCACCGAACACGGGACAUAAAAGACAGCUGUAGUUUCAUGUGUUCUUUCCACUGUCUGUGACUGUAGCUUUAAUGUUAGGAGUCACAGAGAUGUGACUUUCACUGUCACAUCUCUGCAUCACAGGUGUCACUUGAGAGUGACACCUGUACGUCACAUGCAGUGUAAUGAAAUCUGAUUCGUUAGUUUGUCAGCAGAUUGAUGACCUGCUUUGUAAAUGCUACUGAACCCCAGGUUGCGUUCUCUGCUUUAUCAGUUAUGCAUGUGUAAACAGAUAGGGAAUUUUUAAUUUGUAUAACCUUGAGUCUGUUAAAAUAAAAAGGGUGUUUUUGCUACAUUUCUGUUUCAUCUGGAAGUUCAAGAUUUUAGCUGUAAAAUGUUGCGUGUGUAGGUGAAAAUCAUGCUUUGAUUAUGCAACUGGCCUUUUAUAUAUUUUUUAAAUAAUAUAAAUAGGAUAAAUAGGAGCACCUUUAUAUAGGGUUAAUUAUACCUCAGACACUGUAUAUCCACACUCAGUGAUUAACUAUUAAAUGAUACAAAAUUGACCUCAUUAUAAAUGGAAUGUCUUUCUCGCACAUGUAACUUAAGAAUCCUUUUGUUCCACCUGUGUUUAAAAAACCCAACCUACACCAGUCAUUAUCUUCCCCUGAACUGCUUAAGAUAAUAAAACAUUAUGAAGUAUGCCUUAGUCAAUGCAUGCUUUAGGUAGAGUUGCCAUGUCCUGGGGCAGUUGUUGCAUACCUCAACUAGACAGGUGCUCCGUGAAAGGUAUUCCUGACAGCAUUUGUGAAGACAUCAAUAAGGAUGAAAAGUGGUGAAAAUGUUUGCUAAAACCAAAAAGAAAAAAAACUGUCCAUUAUUUAACAGUUUUAGUUUUUAAUUUGUUGUCUUUUGUUUAAUCCCCUGAAAAACAUUAGUGAGUCAGUAGUUCUGUUGUUUUAGAAAUAAUGCUGUUGUCCAGCCCUUCAAUAAAACACAUGUACGUCCUGUGGUCGUAGGUAAGUGUCCACUUAGUACUGAAGUACUUCAUUUGCCUGUUGCCAUGGAGUAAAAGAAAACAUUUUUUUUCAGCUGGUGUUUGGAUGUGUCAUCGUGUGUGUGUGUGGUUUGUGCGCAGCAGGGAAAAUACUGUUUCGUUUCACUGCAACUGGAUCUUAAUGUUCCAGCCCGGUGCUGUUUCUCCACUGUUCUCCUGCUUCUCAUUCAUUGUGAGCAAACAUGUGGUCCUCCGCUCAGUUUAGAACUGUGGUCAGUCGUCCGUCCAACCCUGCUGUAACCGGACUGAGCAUGACGGGACACUCUCACUGACACACAGAGACGAACGGGAGACAGAUGUACAGAAGUGAUCGCAGGAUAGAAAUCUGAUAUCAUGUUCCUGAGAGGGCUGAAAAGGUUAGCUAUAAUGCACAGCUCUUUAUAUAGUUGUGGGGGCAGAGAUUCAUGUUUCCUGGCUAAAUGGAGAAAUCAUGGUCCGGUGUUAGCCUCCCUGAAGGAGCAGCACAUGUUUAGGGAGCUUUGCAGCCUGUUGCAUCACUAUAAUAAAGUGCACUCAGAAACACUGAUUAGUCUGCGUAGCUUCCUUUUUUUUCCCGGUGGCCUGGAGAUCCUCCAAACAAACAAACACUGCUAUGAAUAGAGUCAUAUAUUAUAUUAUUUUUGGUGGAUUUCUUUUAGUGUGCCUCAUAUCAAACUAACCCUGUGUGCAUGACAGUGACACAUGUGUUCUUUUCUGUUCAAUUAUUUAUAUGUUGUUCUGUUUAUAUUUAAAUAUGGAUCAUAAAUGAUUCAGGGUAUUUGGUAGGGCUGUUUUUUUCCUCCUAAUGUCACCGGGCUUUCAUAUUCAUAGACGUGUGACACGAUACCUGCAAACUGCACCCCGUGUUUUCUUCAGGAGUUUUCUUCAGUAACAUCUGAUUGAUAGACGGGUUAAACUAGACACCUUGGACAUAAUAAUCUACACAAAUGCUUCACGGGUUCCGUCAAGGCGAGAUAGAUGUAGCUGCCAACUGGUCGUUGAUCUUUCUUACACAGUAACUAAUCUCUGAUGAGGCCUGGCCAUUCAUUGGUCCAAAGUGUGCCUGUGUGUGUGUGUGUGGCUUAUGGAAGGGUGUGUUUAUGCCACUAUUGUUUAGAGUAGUGUGUGUACAAUAAGUAGGAGGUGUGUCCUCUGUGGAUGGGUGUCUGUAAAAGUUACAGAGAAACAGAACAUGUGCUUCGACACCAUUUAGCAGUCUUCAGACUUUUCUCAUUCUUUUUUAGUUAAUUCUUUUUAUUUCAUCGUGUCCUACUUCCUGCUGUAACAUUUACUCUGGUUAGAUUUUUUUUCCAUGCCAGUUGUAUUACUAAGACUCUAGGAGAGAAGGUGGGAGGAGCUGCACUGAGUAGUUUGCCUCACUCACUCUCUCUCACACUCUCUCACACACGCUGCCUCACUUCCAUUCUGUCAUUGCCAUCUCGGCAGACGGGAGACUGUUCAUUCCCAGCCACGCUGAAUGCAGGGGGGACGGUACACUUUGGACCUUGUUUAAGUCCAGUUUCAGAGAGGAACUACAUUUUUUCGUCAAGGAGGAAAACAAAAGGAAGAGAAAGUAAGAAAAAGACAACAAGGAUUAUCUUUCUUUUUUUUUCUCAUUGAAUUAGGAGACACGUGACAGCUGUUUUUUCUGAGGAUUUUUUCUUACACACGUUGUGUAACAUUUAAUUUUUAUCUUUCCUGUUGUUCAUAUAGUAUUUCAUUGACUGUUUUUACUCAUAAAAAAGUAAAAUGGUUGCCGGAAUGCUGAUGCCCUUGCGGGAUCUGAGGGCUAUCUAUGAGGUCCUGUUUCGUGAUGGAGUCAUGGUGGCCAAGAAAGACAAGAGGCCUCAAAUCAAGCACUCUGAGGUACAAGUUGUAACCAACUUACAGGUAAUCCGGGCUAUGGGAUCUCUUAAGUCUAGGGGCUUAGUAAAGGAGACAUUUGCCUGGAGACAUUACUACUGGUACCUGACCAAUGAGGGCAUUGUUUACCUACGUGACUACCUCAACCUGCCACCUGAGAUUGUUCCUGCAUCCCUGCAAAGGGUGAGGAAGCCAGCCGCUACUCUAGCCAUUGCCCAAAGGGCUUCACGGGUACAAACUGUGGAAGGUCCUACAUCUUACGUUCCCAAACCGAGACAAAGAUGUGAAGGAGAGAGCCAAGAGGCACAUGCUGAGCGUCAGGGUUACCGCCAUAAGAUGAUGGGUCCUGGAGAACGAGGAAGCUCUGACAGGACCCCCAGGUUCAGAGGCCGGCCAUUAGAUGCAGAUUCCUUCAAACCAAAGGCAUCAUGGGAAGGAGUGGACCAACGUCGGCCUCUGUUUGAGAGAGGGAACAGCCUUAAAAGUGAAGCUACAAUGAUGGAGGAGAGCAGGAUGAAGAAAGGCUCUAGUCUACAGUCUGAUGUAAGCAGUGAGAGGCAGCUAACAACCUCUCAGGAGAGAAGAGUAAUUGAGAACCAAAAGAAGGCAUCAAGUUCCGACCUAGUUCAGAAACCAGGUUUGAAACAUGAUGUUUCACAGACUACUGUGACAUCAUUGUCAUCAAAAGCCUCACCUCCAGGAAGUGUACCUGCAACCAUCAAUGCUGUAAAUGCUGCGACCACAAAGGUUCCAUUUGAUCAACUCAUUUCCAAAAGAUCCAAGGAGAAGUUAAAUGCCUCUGAUGACAAACCUAUUAAGUCCGAGGAAAUGAGCAAAACAAUGUUAUCCACUACAAUAAUUCAUGAUACAGUGAUCGGUCGAGACAAAGCCAAAGAAUCAAGUCUGAAAUCAAUUAAAUCCGCAGAGGUUAUGACAACAGAUUCUUUGAUGCCUGAAGCCACCGUGACAUUUUCUGCUGCUCAGGAAUCAACCGGUUUUUCUAACAACACUAUCACUGCUGCUCCUAUUAUCACAGAACCUGUUAGUGAAGAAGUUAUUAUAGAAAAAACCUCCACUGUCCUGAAAACUGCAGACAAUACUGUUAAUGAUAAAGUGAAGCCCAUGACCGCUGAAACCAAAGAAUCUGCACCUAAAAUCACCAAAUUUAUCACCGAAACUGUCACUACCAAGUCUGAGUUUAUCUGUGACAAACCUGCAAAAAAAGAUGUCAAGAAAGAAGGAGGCCAAAAAGCAGACAAAAAAGAAGGAGCCAUUAAACCUGAGGAACUGAAGACCACAGUUGAAAUGAAAAAAGAUGAUAAAAAGGUAAAGAAAUCUGCCCAAGUAAUCGUGACUCAGGAGACCACCAAACCAGACAUUAGCAUGUCAGUUAUCACAGAACCUGUUAGAGAAGCUAUUAUUGAAAAAACUUCAAAAAAGCAGCAGCACGUGGUUACAUCCACUGUGCUCAAAUCUACAGUCAAAACUAUUAGUGAAAAAACUCAACCCAUGACCACUGAUACCAAAGAAUCUGCACCUAAAAGUGCCAAAAUUGUUACUGAAACUGUCGCCACCAAAUCUGAGUUUUUCUGUGACAAACCUGCAAAAAAGGAUGUCAACAAAGAAGUAGCCAUUAAACCUGAAGAACUUAAGACCAAAGUUGAAAUAAAAAAAGAUGAUAAAAAGGUACAGAAAUCUGUCCAAGUAAUCGUGACUGAGGAGAUCACCAAACCUGUUAGUGACAGUGACAUUAGUAUGUCAGUUGUCAUAGAACCAGUUAGUGAAGAAGUUAUUAUAGAAAAAACUUCAAAGAAGCAGCAGCAUAUUGUUACUUCUGCUAUUUUGAAAUCUACGGUUGAAACUAUUAGUGAUCAAAAUCUGUCCACAACCACUGAUACCAAAGAAUGUGGACCUAAAAUCACUAAAGUUGUUACUGAAACUGUCACCACAGAGUUUAUCUGUGACAAACCUGCAAAAAAGGAUGUCAAGAAAGAAGGAGGCCAAAAAGCAGACAAAAAAGGAGCCAUUAAACCUGAAGAACUCAAAGUUGAAAUGAAAAAAGAUGAUAAAAAGGUAAAAAAGUCUGCUCAAGUAAUCGUGACUCAGGAGACCAACAAACCAGAUAUUAGCAUGUCAGUUAUCACAGAACCUGUUAGUGAAGAAGUUAUUAUAGAAAAAAAUUCAAAAAAGCAGGAGCAUGUUGUUACAUCUGCUGUGUUGAAAAAAACAGACAAUACUAUUAGUGACAAAGUUCAGCCCACGACUGCUAAUUCCAAAGACUCUGACCUUAAAAUCACCACAGUUGUAACUGAAACUGUCACUAAAUCUGACAUUAUCUUUGACAAACCUGUGAAAAAGGAUGUCAAGAAAGAAGGAGGCCAGAAUGUGGACAAAAAGGAAGAAGCUCUUAAACCUGAAGAACCGAAGACCAAAGUUGAAAUAAAAAAAGAUGAUAUAAAGGUUAAAAAGUCUGCUCAAGUAAUCGUGACUCAGGAGACCACUAAACUUGACAUUAGCAUGUCAGCAUUGUCCACAGAUACAGCAGCUAAAAGCUCUGGGGCUAAAGUGGUUCAGGAAGCCAGCAGUGCAACACAGCCACACAUGAAUGGCUCAACAGAAACCAAAAAGGAGGCAGAGUCACUGAAAACAACUACGUCCAAGCCUUUGGUACUUGAAGUAACAACUAACGUCAGUACAAAUAUCUCAGCUCCUUCUGCCAAUCUUAAAGAUGUAGUUGAGAAGACUGUUGAAGAAGUUAUUACAAAACAGGAUAAAACUGAGGUGAAGUUCAAACCUCGUGGCACAAAAGAAACAAUGUCUAAGGAGGUUGUCACUGACGUCUUACUGCAGGAUUCUAAAUCUGCACAGGCAGAGUCCUUAUCUCAGUCUGGUACAAGUUUUGAGGAAACUGAGGCGAUUAAUGAAGCCAAACAAGUUGUAGAAGGAAGCUCCAAAUCAAAAAGGAAAAAAAAGAAAUCCUUAGCCGAGAAUUCUAAAGGUGUUAAUGCUGAGGAAGAAAUAAAUGCAAAAGUUGAAAAGAAAAUGACCUCAGAGGACAAGCCACUGAAUGAAGUGACCAAAAUUUCAGUCCAGCCAGUACCAAUGGUUACCUCAGAGCCUGUACCUGAGUCUGAGAAAAACACAUUUGUGGAGGACAUCAAAGAAGUGAGGAAACAAAAAGACAUUCCUCAUCAAGGUGAAAAGAAGCCCAGAGCAGUCCUCCAACAAACUAAGGAAACAUCCCAAAGCGUUGACCAAAAGCCUGCAGAGCCCCCUGUGGUGAUUCAAGGCGAGUCACAUGUCAAGGAGAAGGUUGCACAGAGCAGUGUAACUACUCUGUGUAAGACCUCACAGGGACCAGUGUGCACUGAUGACGCAUCAAAUGCUAAUUCCUUGCACAUGGAGGCAAUGAAAACUGAGAAUACAGAUAUUCACAGGGUUGAAAUGGUGACUGUGCAAAAAAUAACUCAAGUUGAAAUUUUAAAAGAAAGUUUCAGUCCUGAAAAGAAAGUCUCUACUUUACAAUCAGAGACCCAAAAAGCUGUAGUUGAGACUAAAGACGGUGUGAGCACAGAGAAAGCUGCAGAGGAAAAGUCAAAGAGUAAAAAGAAAGGCAAAGGAAAAAAGCAGACUAAAACUCCAGACACAGAGAUCGUAGACACAAAGUCUGUCCUUUCACCUAAGGCAGAUGAACCAGCACCAACUGUCAGUACAACUUUGCUUCAGGUCACUGUUAAAGACAGUGGUUCUGUGACAGAAUUGGAUGUUUCUCCAAAGAUGUCUCCUGACAGAAUAUGCAGUGAGGAAGUCGUGCAGGAGGCAGCUGCUCCUUCUGAGGCCCCAGCAGACAAAAGGGAGGAGGAGCCAACACAGCUCUCUGUUGAAAAAAUCAAGCGGGAGGUUCCAAAACCAAAAACAUCCUCCACUGUGAGGGAAGCACCCGCAGCCGGAGAAUCAGCGUCAGAAGAAACAGCAGAGGCAGCUGGAGCUCAGACACAGGCCAGCCCCCUCGUCGAGCAAGAGGAGCCUCCCAUAGUUGCACAACAUUUGGCCACUCAGGCUGCAGAGUGCAGCACAGAGAAAAGGCUCUCUGUUUCCGAGGCCUCAACACAGGAGGAAUCGAGGAAGAGAAACUUGGAAGAGGACACACCCUCUGCCCCUGCCACACCCGCAGCUGCUGUGCCUGACCAACCUCAUUUGAGUGACAGCUGUGACUCUGUCUGCCCUGACAUUGACGAGGCCACCAUGAGGAAGAAAAUUGUAGUGGUUGAAGAGAUCAUUGAGGUGAAGCAGCUUGUCAGUCCUCAAGCUGCUGGGGCAGAGCCACCUCUUCCACCUGUGCAACCUGAAGAGGAAGAGGAGGAACUGGAUCUGGACGUUUUGGAAGAAAUCGCCAAAGAACGGGCAAUUCUGCAAGAGGCUGCCAAGGUGAAGGGAGCCUCACCUGACGUGGGAUGGGACCACUCUCUGGAGGAGCCAGAGGAGAAGACAUGGCCAAACUUCCUUGAAGAUGAACGAGAUAGAGUCCAGAAAAAGACCUUCACAAAAUGGGUGAACAAGCACUUGAUAAAGCACUGCAGGGUACAGGCCCAGCGUCAUGUCACAGACCUGUAUGAAGACCUUCGAGAUGGACAUAACCUGAUCUCUCUGUUGGAGGUCCUGUCUGGGGAGACACUGCCAAGAGAAAAAGGACGCAUGCGAUUCCAUAAACUGCAAAAUGUACAAAUUGCACUGGACUUCCUCAGACACCGGCAGGUCAAGCUGGUGAACAUCAGAAAUGAUGACAUCGCAGACGGGAACCCCAAGCUAACCCUGGGGUUGAUAUGGACCAUCAUCCUCCACUUCCAGGUCUCCUCCUCUAUCUCAGACAUCCAGGUGAACGGUCAGUCAGAGGACAUGACCGCCAAGGAGAAGCUGCUCUUCUGGUCUCAGAGGAUGACCGAUGGCUACCAAGGCCUCCGCUGUGACAACUUCUCCACCAGCUGGAGGGACGGCAAACUCUUCAACGCCGUCAUCCACAAGCACUACCCCAGACUUAUCGACAUGGGCAAAGUGUACAGACAGACCAAUGUGGAGAACCUGGAACAGGCCUUCAGUGUGGCUGAAAGAGACCUGGGGGUGACACGCCUGCUGGAUCCUGAGGAUGUGGACGUCCCUCACCCCGAUGAGAAGUCCAUCAUUACCUAUGUUUCAUCCUUGUAUGAUGUCAUGCCUCGGAUGGACACUCACGAUGGUGUUAGAACAAACGAGCUGGAGCUGCGCUGGCAGGAGUAUUACGAGCUGGUGACCAUCCUGCUCCAGUGGAUCCGCCACCAUGUCAUGAUCUUCGAGGAGAGGAAGUUCCCAGCCAGCUACGAGGAGAUAGAGCUUUUGUGGCGCCAAUUCUUGAAGUUCAAAGAGACCGAGCUGCCAGUGAAGGAGUCUGAAAAGAACCACUCCAAACACGUCUACCAGUCCUUUGAGAGUGCUGUGCAUGCUGGUCAGGUGAAGGUCCCACCAGGGUACCAUCCCAUCGAUGUGGAGAAAGAAUGGGGUCGACUCCAUGUUGCCAUCCUGGAGAGAGAGCGACUGCUGAGAACAGAGUUUGAGAGACUCGAGAGGCUCCAGAGGAUUGUCAGUAAAGUCCAGAUGGAGUCUGGUUUGUGUAAUGACCAGCUCAGCCACCUGGAAACUCUGCUGCAGACUGACAUCCGUCUGCUGAGUUCAGGGAAACCAGCUCAACACACUGCAGAAGUGGAGAGGGAGCUGGACAAGGCCGACAAAAUGAUCCGCCUCCUCUUCAACGAUGUGCAGAUACUCAAGGAUGGGCGCCACCCUCAGGCUGAAGACAUGUACCGCAAGGUGUUCCGCAUUCACGAGCGCCUGGUGAACUUGCGCAGUGACUACAAUCUACGUCUCAAGUCUGCAGUGGUUCCAUCCCAGGCCAAUCUGAGCAGCAUUCAGCAGUCCACCACCAGGGUGCGACCUGAGAUGGAUGACGUCACUCUGCGCUAUGUUCAAGACCUGCUGGCCUGGGUUGAGGAGAACCAGCUGCGGAUCGAUGAAGCCCAGUGGGGAUCUGAUCUUCCCUCUGUGGAGUCUCAGUUAGGCAGCCACCGAGGCUUGCACCAGACUGUGGAGGACUUCAGGUCCAAGAUUGAAAGAGCCAAGGCAGAUGAGACACAGAUUUCUCCUGUCAGCAGAGGAAACUACAAAGAAUACCUGGGUAAACUGGACCUUCAGUAUGGCAAACUACUGAACUCCUCAAAGUUCCGUCUGAGGAACCUGGAGUCAAUCCAUGCUUUUGUCAGCGCUGCCACCAAGGAACUGAUGUGGUUGAACGACAAAGAAGAGGAGGAAGUCAAUUUUGACUGGAGCGACAGGAACUCCAACAUGACAGCCAAAAAAGACAACUACUCUGGUCUUAUGAGAGAGCUGGAGUUGAGGGAGAAGAAGAUUAAUGACAUCCAGACCCUGGGAGACAGACUUGUCAGGGACGGACAUCCAGGCAAGAAGACUGUUGAGGCAUUUACAGCUGCCUUACAGACUCAGUGGAGCUGGAUCCUUCAGCUUUGCUGCUGCAUUGAAGCCCAUCUCAAAGAAAACACAGCCUACUAUCAGUUCUUUGCAGAUGUCAAAGAUGCUCAGGACAAGAUGAAAAAAAUGCAGGAGAACAUGAAAAAGAAAUACAGCUGUGACCGCUCCACAACUGCCACGCGGCUGGAGGACCUGCUGCAGGACGCUGCGGAGGAGAGAGAGCAGCUCAAUGAAUUCAAGACCAUGGUCACAGGCCUGAACAAACGAGCCAAGUCCAUCGUCCAGCUGAAGCCACGUAACCCCACCACCUCCAUCAAGGGCAAACUGCCCGUUCAGGCCGUCUGUGAUUUCAAGCAACAGGAGAUCACUGUCCAUAAAGCAGAUGAGUGCGCUCUCCUCAACAACUCCCAGCCAUUCAAAUGGAAGGUCCUGAACCACUCGGGUCACGAGGCAGUGGUGCCCUCUGUCUGCUUCAUUGUUCCUCCAGUCAACAAGGAGGCUAUGGACAGUGUGUCCAGUCUGGACGCAGCUCAUCAGCAGAUGGUUUCCAUGUGGCAGUUGCUCCACAUCGACAUGAAGAGUCUGUUGUCGUGGCAGUACCUGAUGAGAGACUUUACACAGAUUCAUUCUUGGAACAUCACCAUGUUAAAGACCAUGAAACCAGAAGAAUACCGGCUGCUGAUGAGGAACCUGGAGCUCCACUAUCAGGACUUCAUGCGUGACAGUCAGGACUCCCAGCUGUUCGGUGCCGAUGACCGCAUGCAGGUGGAGGGUGACUACAACAAGUCUACGCAGCAUUUCAACAACCUGCUUCGCUCCAUGGAGAAAGGCCAAAUGGUUGUUAACCUCAAGGGUCAACAGGACGAGACACUGUGUAAGAACUACAUCUCUGAGAUCAAGGACCUGCGUCUGCAAAUCGAGAACUGUGAGGCCCGGACUGUGGAACGCAUACGCAGACCCAUAGAGAAGGAGCCUCUGAAAGAAUGUGUUCAGAAAACAACAGAACAGAAAAAAGUCCAGGUGGAGCUGGAGGGCCUGAAGAAAGACCUGGACAAGGUCACUGUGAGGACAGAGGGAGUCUUGUCCUCAGCCCAGCAGCCGGCCUCUGCUCCUGUGCUGCGUUCAGAGCUCGACCUGACCGUGCAGAAGAUGGACCACGCCCACAUGCUCUCCUCCAUUUACCUGGAGAAGCUGAAAACAGUGGAAAUGGUCAUCCGCAACACCCAGGGUGCUGAGGGUGUUCUCAAGCAGUACGAAGACUGUCUGCGUGAGGUUCACACUGUCCCCAGUGACGUCAAGGAGGUGGAGAAUUAUAGGGCAAAGCUGAAGAAAAUGCGGGUGGAGGCUGAGAAUGAACAGCCAGUGUUCGAUUCCAUGGAGGAAGAGCUGAGGAAAGCCUCCGCUGUGAGCAACAAGAUGUCCCGCGUGCACAGCGAGCGUGACGUGGAGCUGGACCACUAUCGCCAGCUCCUGUCCGGACUCCAAGACCGCUGGAAGGCUGUCUUCACCCAGAUCGACCUCCGUCAGAGAGAGCUGGAUCAGCUCGGCCGUCAGCUGGGCUACUACCGCGAGAGCUACGAUUGGCUGAUCCAGUGGAUCUCUGAGGCCAAGAAGAGGCAAGAGAAGAUCCAAGCUGUACCCAUCACCGACAGCAAAACUCUGAAAGAGCAGCUUGCUCAGGAAAAGAAACUGUUGGAAGAAAUUGAGAAGAACAAGGACAGAGUGGAUGAAUGCCAAAAAUAUGCCAAAGCAUACAUUGAUACUAUUAAGGACUAUGAACUCCAGCUUGUUGCCUACAAAGCUCAGGUUGAGCCUCUGGCUGCUCCCAUGAAGAAAACCAAACUGGACUCAGCCUCCGACAACAUUAUUCAGGAGUAUGUAACCCUGAGGACUAAGUACAGCGAGCUAAUGACGCUGACGAGUCAGUACAUUAAGUUCAUCACUGACACGCAGCGCCGCCUGGAGGACGAGGAGAAAGCUGCAGAGAAACUCAAAGCGGAAGAGCAGAAAAAAAUGGCCGAGAUGCAGGCUGAGUUAGACAAACAAAAGCAGUUAGCUGAAGCUCACGCAAAGGCUAUUGCCAAAGCAGAAAAAGAGGCUCGCGAGCUGAAAAUCAAAAUGCAAGAAGAAGUGAGCAGACGAGAAGUUGCUGCUGUAGAUGCGGAAAAACAAAAACACAACAUCCAGUUGGAACUGCAUGAGCUGAAAAACAUCUCAGAACAACAGAUCAAGGACAAAAGUCUGCAGGUGGAUGAGGCUCUUCAGAGCCGGGCCAAGAUUGAGGAGGAAAUCCACAUCAUUAGGAUCCAGCUUGAAUCAACAGAAAGGCAAAAGUACAAUGCAGAAUCUGAGCUUAAGCAACUCCGUGAUAGAGCAGCUGAGGCUGAGAGACUUAGAAAGGCCGCCCAGGAAGAAGCCGAGAAGCUCCGCAGACAAGUCAGCGAAGAAACCCAGAAAAAACGCAUGGCAGAGGAGGAACUCAAACGCAAGGCUGAGGCAGAAAAGGAAGCUGCACGCCAAAAGCAAAAGGCCUUGGAAGAUCUUGAAGAUCUGAGGAGGCAGGCAGAGGAGGCAGCUAGGCGGGUAAAGCAAGCUGAAAUUGAGAAAGAAAGACAAAUUGUUGUCGCUCAAGAGCUAGCACAGAAGAGUGCUGCCGCUGAGCUCCAGAGCAGCCAAAUCUCCUUUGUGGAAAAAACAUCCCAGUUAGAGGAAUCCCUCAAACAAGAACAUGGGGCAGUCCUUCAACUGCAGCAACAAGCCACACACCUGAAGAAACAACAGGAAGAUGCAGAAAGAGCCAGGGAUGAUGCUGAAAAGGAACUUGAAAAAUGGAGGCAGAAAGCCAAUGAAGCUCUUCGUCUCAGACUUCAGGCUGAAGAAGAAGCUCACCAUAAAAGCCUCGCUCAGGAUGAAGCCGAGAAACAAAAGGAAGAAGCUGAGCGCGAAGCAAAGAAGAGGACCAAAGCUGAGGAGUCAGCCCUGAAGCAAAAAGAUAUGGCUGAGAAAGAGCUGGAGAGGCAAAGAAAACUGGCCGAGAGCACAGCCCAGCAGAAAUUCAACGCUGAACAGGAAUUGAUUCGGCUGAGGGCCGACUUUGACAACGCAGAACAGCAGAGGACCCUGCUUGAAGAUGAACUUUAUCGCCUGAAGAAUGAAGUCAUCGCAGCUGAACAGCAAAGGAAACUUCUUGAGGAUGAACUGGCCAAAGUAAGGAGCGAAAUGGACAUUCUUAUCCAAAUGAAAUCCAAGGCAGAAAAAGAGACAAUGUCCAAUACAGAGAAGAGCAAGCAACUCCUUGAGGUAGAGGCUGCAAAGAUGAAGGACCUGGCUGAUGAGGCCAGCAAGCUCAGAGCAAUUGCAGAGGAGGCCAAGCACCAGCGACAAGUGGCUGAAGAAGAGGCGGCUCGUCAGCGGGCAGAGGCAGAGAGGAUUCUCAAAGAGAAGCUGGCUGCAAUUAGUGACGCCACACGUUUAAAAACGGAGGCUGAAAUCGCCUUGAAGGAAAAGGAGGCAGAGAAUGAGAGACUUCGCCGACAAGCUGAAGAUGAGGCCUACCAGAGGAAAUCACUUGAGGACCAGGCAAAUCAGCACAAGCAAGAAAUAGAGGAGAAGAUAAUUCUACUCAAGAAAUCGUCUGAGGCUGAAAUGGAAAGACAGAAGGCAAUUGUCGAUGACACACUAAAACAAAGGAGAAUUGUGGAAGAAGAAAUACGAAUUCUAAAGCUCAACUUUGAGAAGGCUUCAUCUGGAAAACUUGACCUGGAACUAGAAUUGAACAAACUGAAAAACAUUGCAGAGGAAACUCAGCAAAGCAAGCUUAGAGCAGAGGAGGAGGCCGAGAAACAUCGAAAACUUGCCCUCGAGGAGGAGAAGAAGAGGAGGGAAGCUGAGGAGAAGGUGAAGAAGAUUGCAGCCGCUGAGGAAGAGGCAGCCAGACAGCGCAAGGCUGCCCAGGAUGAGCUCGAUCGACUAAAGAAAAAAGCAGAAGAAGCCCGGAUGCAAAAGGAAGAGGCCGACAAAGAAGCUGAAAAUCAUAUUGUUGCAGCCCAGCAGGCGUCCCUGAAGUGCAGUGUAGCUGAGCAGCAGGUCCAAAAUGUUCUUGCUCAACAGAAAGAAGACAGUCUUGUGCUGCAUAAGCUUAAGGAGGAGUAUGAGAAGGCCAAAAAGCUCGCCAAAGAAGCAGAGUCCGCAAAGGAGAAAGCAGAGACAGAAGCAGCUCUCCUUCGUCAACAAGCAGAGGAUGCAGAAAAACAAAAAUUAGCUGCAGAGGAGGAAGCCUCAAACCAGGCCAAAGCUCAGGAAGAUGCUGAAAGACUGAGGAAAGAGGCCGAAUUUGAAGCUGCCAAAAGAGCACAGGCUGAAGCAUCAGCACUCAAGCAGAAACAGCAGGCCGAUACAGAAAUGACAAAGCACAAGAAACUAGCAGAGCAGACCUUAAAACAAAAGUUCCAGGUAGAGCAAGAACUGACCAAGGUUAAACUUCAGCUUGAUGACACUGACAAGCAGAAAUCUGUCCUUGAUAAUGAACUGCUGCGCUUGAAAGAUGAGGUUGAUGAUGCUGUUAAACAAAGAGCCCAAGUGGAGGAAGAACUUUUCAAAGUCAAGGUUCAAAUGGAAGAACUGCUCAAACUCAAGAACAGAAUCGAGGAGGAAAAUCAGCGUCUGAUCAAGAAAGACAAAGACAACACACAGAAGUUCCUGGAAGAAGAGGCUGAAAACAUGAAGAAGCUUGCUGAAGAUGCUGCCAGGCUUAGCGUAGAAGCCCAAGAAGCUGCGCGGUUGAGACAGAUUGCAGAGGACGAUCUCAAUCAGCAAAGAGCUCUUGCAGAGAAAAUGCUUAAGGAAAAAAUGCAGGCCAUUCAGGAGGCAUCAAGGCUCAAAGCUGAAGCAGAAAUGCUCCAGAAGCAGAAAGAACUGGCACAGGAGCAGGCCCAAAAACUGCUGGAGGAUAAACAGCUCAUGCAGCAGCGUCUGGAAGAGGAAACAGAGGAGUACCAGAAAUCGCUCGAAGCAGAAAGGAUGAGGCAGUUGGAGAUCAUAGCCGAAUCAGAAAGACUCAAACUUCAGGUUACUCAGCUCAGUGAAGCCCAGGCCAAGGCAGAAGAGGAGGCUAAAAAAUUCAAGAAACAAGCCGACACAAUCGCUGCCCGACUCCACGAGACAGAAGUAUCCACCAAAGAAAAACUGACAGUGGUGGAAAAACUGGAAGUGGACAGACUUACUUGCAGCAAAGAGGCAGACGAUAUGCGCGAAGCAAUUGCAGAACUAGAGAAAGAGAAGGCUAGACUGAAAAAGGAGGCCGAAGAACUUCAAAAUAAGUCUAAAGAGAUUGCUGAUGCACAGCAAAAACAAAUAGAGCAUGAGAAAACCAUGAUGCAACAGACUUUCCUGACAGAAAAGGAAAUGCUGUUGAAAAAGGAAAAACUCAUUGAAGAUGAGAAAAGGAAGCUGGAGAGCCAGUUUGAAGAAGAAGUUAAAAAGGCCAGGGCUCUCAAGGAAGAACAGGAGCGCCAGAGACAAUUGAUGGAGGAAGAGAAGAAGAAACUUCAGGCCACAAUGGACGCAGCUCUAAAUAAGCAAAAAGCAGCUGAAACAGAGAUGUAUAACAAGCAAAAAGAAAUGCAAGAGCUAGAAAAUAAGAGAUUAGAGCAGGAAAGAAUCCUUGCUGAAGAGAACCAGAAACUGCGUGAGAAGCUGCAACAGCUUGAGGAAGCAGCGAAAGACCAACACACCAAAGAAAUUGUGACAAUAGUUGAGACAACAAAAACUAUUUACAAUGGACAGAGUGCAGGUGAUGUGACAGAUAGUGUUGAAAAGAAACCAGAUCCAUUGUCCUUUGAUGGCAUUCGUGAUAAGGUACCUGCAAGCAGACUGUAUGACAUCGGCUUUUUACCAAAGAAGGACUUUGAUAACCUUAAAAAUGGAAAAGCCACUGUGGAAGACCUAGGUAAAAGAGACAAUCUGAAGAGAGUUCUCAAAGGAAAUCCAUGCAUUGCUGGUGUAUUGACACCAUCUGCUCAGAAGCUGUCCAUCUAUCAAGCAUCUAAGGAGAAGAAGAUUACUCCAGGCACAGCCCAGAUCCUUCUUGAGGCACAGGCUGCCACAGGUUACAUGUUAGAUCCUAUUAAAAGUCAGAAGCUCACUGUUAAUGAGGCUGUCAAGGAGAACUUAAUUGGGCCUGAGCUACAUAACAAAAUGCUUUUAGCUGAGAGGGCUGUUGUUGGUUACAAAGAUCCAUACACUGGUGGGAAGAUCUCUGUCUUUGAAGCAAUGAAGAAAGGUCUCAUAGAGCAUGACCAUGCCAUCAGAGUCCUUGAAGCCCAACUUGCCACUGGUGGCAUCAUUGAUCCCAUCAAUAGUCACCGUGUACCAAAUGAUAUAGCAUAUACACAAGGACUAUAUGAUGAAGAAAUGAAUAAAAUCCUGGAAAAGCCAUCAGAUGACACAAAGGGUUACUUUGAUCCCAGCACCCAGGAACCUCUGACAUACUCUGAGCUAAUGGCAAGAUGCACCCCUGACCCUGACACAGGUUUCCUGCUCCUUCCAAUUACAGACAAAGCUGCUCAAUGCUCAAGUAUGUACACAGAAGAAGAAACCAAGGAUGUGUUCAACAAAACAACAGUCUCUGUUCCAUUUGGAAGAUUCAAGGGAAAGACUGUCACAAUUUGGGAAAUAAUCAAUUCAGAGUACUUCACUGACGACCAAAAGAAGGACCUUCUUCGGCAAUACAAGACGGGAAAAAUUACAAUUGAAAAAAUCAUCAGAAUUGUGAUAACUGUGGCAGAGGAUAAGGAGAAGAAAAAUGAAAUUUUGUUUGACGGCCUAAGGGCACCUGUUGCUGCCGCUGAGCUUGUGGAGUCCAAAACCAUCAACAAAGACCUGUACAACCAAUUACAAAAGGGCAAAGCAACAGUUAAAGAUGUUUCUGAAAUGGAGCAUGUCCACAAAGCACUGAAGGGAACUAACCCCAUUGCUGGUGUAAUUAUUGAUUCAUCAAAGAAGACAAUGUCAUUCUAUGAAGCAAUGAAGAAGGACAUGAUGAGGCCAGGACCUGCCUUGAUCAUGCUUGAAGCUCAGGCAGGAACUGGCUAUAUCUUUGACCCUGUUCUCAAUCAGAAGUACACAGUUGAUGAAGCUGUCAAAGCUGGUGUUGUUGGUCCUGAACUUCAUGAAAAGCUUCUGUCAGCAGAAAGAGCUGUUACUGGUUUCAAAGACCCUUACACUGGAAAAACAAUAUCUCUUUUUGAAGCUAUGAAAAAGGGCCUCAUUCUUGAAGAACAAGGAAUCCGACUUCUUGAUGCCCAGAUGUCCACGGGUGGCAUCAUUGAUCCAGUAAAAAGCUACCAUGUUUCUCAUGAUGUUGCCUGCAAGAGAAAUUUCUUUGAUGAUGAAAUGAAGCAGUCUCUGGACAAUCCCACAAAUAAAACUAAAUGCUUCUUGGAUCCCAACAAAAAAGAAAAUGUCACCUACGCACAGCUCUUCAAAAGAUGUGUCACUGACAAGAAAACGGGUCUCCAGCUUCUUCCACUUUCUGAUGAAGCAAUUAAUGCAAAGGAUGAGCCAGCAUUCACAGAGGCACAGGCACAAGAGGCCAUGACUCAGGCCACACUUGAGAUUGACUCUGGGCCAUUUAAGGGCAGAAAGGUGACUAUCUGGGAAAUCCUCAACUCUGAGUAUCUCACUGAACAACAAAGGCUCGACCUCCUCAAACAGUUUAGAUCUGGAAGGAUUACAAUUGAAAAACUAAUUAAAAUUAUGAUCACAAUUGUGGAAGAAAUAGAGAUCAAGAAACAAGAGAAGUCAAGCUUUAAGGGUCUGAGAGCCCCUGUUUCAGCCAGCUCUCUUCUGGAUUCCAAGAUCAUUGACAGACCAACUUUUGAACUCCUUCAGCAAGGCAAAAUAACACCUAACAAAGUCAGUGAGAACCCCAGUGUCCAUAAAUAUUUGCAGGGUUCUGAGAGUAUUGCUGGUAUCCAUUUAGAGCCAACAAAAGAGAAAAUGAGCAUUUACCAGGCAAUGAAGAAAAAGCUUCUCAGACAUAAUACAGGCCUCGCACUUCUUGAGGCCCAGGCUGCAACAGGAUUCAUGGUCGAUCCAGUCAGAAACCAAUUCCUGUCGGUGGAUGAGGCAGUGAAAUCAGGUCUUAUUGGCCCAGAGGUCCAUGAGAAACUCCUCUCUGCAGAGAAAGCUGUCACUGGCUACAAGGAUCCAUUUACUGGCAACAAAAUCUCUCUCUAUGAAGCAAUGCAGAAAGAUCUUAUCUUGAAGGAGCAUGCCUUGCCAAUGUUAGAGGCACAGAUGGUAAGUGGAGGCAUCAUUGACCCUGUGAAUAGCCAUCGUGUGCCAGCAGAUGCUGCAUAUGAGAAGAAAAUUUUCAGCAGAGACAUUUCCAAGACCUUAUCUGAACCAUCUGAUGAGAACAAGGCUUACUCAGACCCAGAGAGCAAUGAAAAUGUAACAUACAGCCAGCUCAAAGACAGAUGCCAAAGAGACCCGGAGACAGGUCUGUACAUUUUAUCACUCUCCAAACCUCAGUCUCCAACUGUUGUGGAGAAGACAUAUCUCUACACAGAGGAACAAACACAAAGUGACUUGGUCAACACUCAAAUUGAUAUCCCAAUUGAAGGCCUUGCUGAUAAACCAUUGAAUCUCUGGGAUGUCAUGAACUCAACACUGCUCCCUGAUGCUGAAAGGCAAAAGCUAAUGGAUGAGUAUCGCUCAGGUAAAAUCACCAAAGAGAGGAUGAUCAUCAUUAUCAUUGAGAUCAUGGAGCAGAGAGAGAUAAUUAGAAAUGAGAGUCCAAUGUCCUAUAUGACCUUGAGAAGAAGAAUAACCAUUGAGGAGCUGUACAAUGCCCGCAUCAUUGACCUGGAGACGUACAACCUCCUCAAACACGGCAAGAGGAAUAUCCGUGACGUCAUGGAGUUGUCCAGUGUAAAACAGUAUCUCUAUGGCACAGGAUGCGUUGCUGGCGUCACAACUGAUGCAAGCUCCAAGUUAAGCAUUUAUCAAGCAAUGAAGAGAGGUUUCCUUACACCAGAAAUAGCCAUGAACCUCCUGGAAACACAAGCUGCCACUGGCUUCCUUGUAGAUCCAGUAAAGAACGAGACUCUUACUGUUGAUGAAGCUGUCCGUAAAGGUGUCGUGGGUCCUGAAAUCCACGAUAAACUAUUGUCAGCUGAAAGAGCAGUCACCGGCUACAAAGAUCCAUACAGCGGCAAAAUUAUUUCUCUCUUCCAGGCAAUGAAAAAGGAUCUUGUUCCAGAAGAUUAUGCUCUGAAAAUUUUAGAGGCCCAAAAUGCCACUGGUGGUAUCAUUGAUCCUGAAUUCCAGUUCCAUCUGCCAUCAGAUGUUGCCAUACAAAAAGGUUAUAUGAACAAGGAAACUAAUGAGAAACUGGCCGAAGAUGUAAAGGGCUUUGUUGACCCAGUCACAGAAGAGAAACUGUCUUAUGCAGAGCUGCUGAAGAGAUGCAAGUUAGAUGGUGGAUUGCGCCUCCUUUCUCUGGGAGACAAGAGGCUGACCUUCAAAGGUCUGAGAAAGCAGAUCACCAUGGAGGAGCUAAUCAGUUCACAAAUCAUUGACCAACAGACAGUGACUGAACUGAAUGAAGGUCUCAUUACAGUAGAAGAAGUCAGCAAAAGGCUGUCAAAGUACCUUGAGGGCACAAGCUCCAUCGCUGGUGUGUUCUUAGAAUCCACAAAGGAACGUCUGUCAAUUUACCAGGCCAUGAAGAAGAACAUGAUAAGACCUGGCACUGCAUUUGAGCUUCUUGAAGCACAGGCUGCCACAGGUUAUGUCAUUGAUCCAAUCAAAAACCUGAAACUGACUGUUAAUGAAGCAGUAAAAAUGGGAAUUGUAGGUCCAGAAUUCAAAGACAAGCUCCUGUCUGCAGAGCGUGCAGUGACAGGUUACAGGGACCCAUACUCAGGCAAAACCAUCUCCCUCUUCCAGGCCAUGAAAAAGGGACUCAUCUUGAAAGAUCAUGGUAUCCGUCUUUUGGAAGCCCAGAUUGCCACAGGUGGAAUCAUUGAUCCAGAGGAAAGUCACAGGUUGCCAGUUGAGGUGGCCUACAAACGUGGAUUCUUUGAUGAGGAAAUGAAUGAGAUCCUGACUGAUCCUUCUGAUGACACAAAGGGUUUCUUUGAUCCCAACACAGAGGAAAACCUGACCUACCUAGGGCUCAUGGACAGGUGCAUCAUGGACCCUGAUACAGGCCUGAUGCUCCUGCUACUGAAAGAUAAGAAGCGUGAAAGGAAGACUUCCUCCAAAUCUUCAGUGCGCAAACGUAGAGUUGUCAUUGUGGAUCCAGAGACAGGCAAAGAAAUGACAGUGUACGAGGCCUACAGGAAGGGACUCAUUGACCACCAGACCUACUUGGAACUUGCUGAACAAGAGUGUGAAUGGGAAGAGAUUACAAUGACCUCUUCCGACGGCACUGUCAAAUCCAUGAUUAUUGACAGGAGAUCAGGGAGACAGUAUGAUGUUGAUGAAGCGAUCUCACGUGGACUCAUUGACCAGAAGGCUCUUGAUUCAUAUCGAACUGGAAACCUGUCCAUUACAGAAUUCGCUGACAUGCUUUCAGGAAAUACUGGGGGCUUCCGUUCCCGAUCUUCCUCCUUUGGUUCCACCACUGGCUCCUCUUUCUCCUCUUCUAUGAGCCCUAUACCAUCUAUUAAAGCACCGGCUGUCAUCUGGAAUGAUCCAUCAGAGGUGACUGUCCCCAUAGCUGGCAUGUUGGACAUAGAUACACUGGAGAAAGUGUCUGUGACGGAGGCAAUACACCGAAACCUGUUAGACAAUAUCACAGGUCAGAGACUGUUGGAAGCCCAAGCCUGCACUGGAGGAAUAAUUGAUCCUACAACUGGAGAGAGGCUGUCAGUCGCUGAUGCCACAGAAAGAGGCCUUGUAGAUAAAAUCAUGGUUGAUCGCCUCACCCUUGCCCAAAAAGCAUUCAAUGGAUUUGAAGACCCUAGAACCAAAGUAAAGAUGUCUGCCUCCCAGGCUCUGAAAAAGGGCUGGUUAUAUUAUGAGGCUGGUCAGCGCUUCCUUGAGGUCCAGUACCUGACCGGUGGACUUAUCGAGCCUGAUGUUGAGGGCAGAGUAUCCAUCGAUGAAUCCAUCAAAAAGGGGACAAUUGAUGCCCGCACUGCGCAGAAGCUGAGAGAUGUCCACGCUUAUUCCAAAUACCUAACAUGUCCAAAAACCAAGCUGAAAAUCUCCUUCAAAGAUGCCAUGGACAAAAGUAUGGUUGAGGAAGGAACAGGUCUGAGGCUGCUGGAAGCGUCCUCACAGUCCACCAAAGGCCUUUACAGUCCCUACAACGCCAGUGGCCCAGGGUCAGCAUAUGGCUCCCGGUCUGGCUCAAGAACUGGAUCCCGAACUGGCUCAAGGAGAGGCAGCAUCGAUGCAGGCUCUAGCUUCAUGACCCUCUCAUCUUCCUCCUUUUCAUCUUCUUCUACUAGCUAUGGCCGCAGAUUUUGAUCAACACCUUUUAUGUCUAACUACUUGAGAGCCCAAAUUUAUAAUGCACUGAUAAGUUGCAUUUCCCACAGUAAAACAGUGACCUUGACAAAGUUGAUUUAAUUUAUUCAUCCCUGCAUGUGGUCAACAGUUGCAGUAUGUUUUUCCAAAUAUAGCUGACAGUUCUUUAGACAUUCUCACCAAGUAAUAUUAAACAUCGACUCAUUUUAUUUAGUGCUGAUUAAAUAUAUAUAUAUAUUUUUUCAAAAAAGGAUACAUUUUUUUGCCAGUUUAAAAUUACUAUAAUUUUUGUUUCACUUGUUGAAAAGUUGUGUACUUAAGGCUCCUGAUACUAAUAUAUAAUAUAUGUAUGUCAAGAUAUUUUUUCCAGUAUUUCUCUUUUCCUUUGACAUUCAAGAAUAUUUUCUAUUUUUAUUGUGGUUGACGGUAUACGUCCACAUAGUUCCAAUGUUUUUUAACAAAUCCUAAAAAUACCAUAGAUGCCUUCAAAUAUUUGAAUGUUUGUAUAGAGUAUGAAAAAAAAAGUUUUUUGUGUUGAUGUUUUCAUGUUUAUUAUUUCCUGGGUUUUUGCAGUACACAUCCAGGAUGAAUACACACUUGAGAGACACUAAAUAGUGUGUGACACACACUACAAAAAACACAGUAGUAAAGUGCCAGAUUUAUUACAGUGCAGUCUGUUAGUUACUUUCACGUCUUUAAUUGCUUUGUUCUUUCUGUUCACACGUACCAUAGAACUAUAUAUCAGUCUCUAUAUAUAGUUUUAUGUCUAUAUAAUUUUGCCUGAGUUUUUGUGCUUCUCCAUAAAUCAUUAUACGAGUGUUCCUGAGAAAUCCCAAGCUGAUGUCAGACCCUGCACACAGACCCCACCUCCUGUUAUUUUGCUUCUUUUGCCUCAGUCCUUUAGACAACAUCUGAGCACAGAUCCUCAGGUGGCCAGAGUGUAUGACCCCCUCAUCUUGGAUGGAUUUGUCAGUCAGCCCCAGUCUCACACAGUAACACAGAUCUGCCUUUGAGUAAAUCCAUUAUUUCCAUUGUCCAUCACAUUUGAGGGAAGCUGAGUCCACCUGACAUCACCUUGGGAUGCCUUUCUAGGAACACAUUUCAUUCAUAGCUUUUUUUCCCAUGCAUUUAACACACAGAUACUGACUAUUGUGUUGAUCAUUAAUAAAAUAAAAAAAAUAAAAAAUAAGCAGUGCCUUUUCUUUUUAACUGGUCUUAUCUCCACACUGAACCGGUGACUGUAACACUGACUGUUCAGCCGAAGCACAGAUGAAUUUAACUCACUUGAUGCACCAUGUUGCAUGUAUGUAAUUUGUGCAAUUAAAUUUUUUCUUUUGCAAACA